AUGUACGUUCUUCAGACGCAGAUCUCGGUCACUGUCAUUGAUGGCCCUAACAACGCCAAUAUAACAUCCGAUUUCGUCACCUUGGAUGUCUCCCCCGACUUUACGUUCGGCGAGCUCAAGGCUUUGAUUGAGACCGAAACCAAUGCCCCGAAAGCCUCUCAGCUAUUAUCACGAGAUGGACAGCCGAUUACAAACGAUACCAAAACCCUUUCAGAAGUUGGUGUAACUGAGGGAGAUCUCAUUGCUCUCUCCAUCCAGCCCACUCGAACCACCCAGCAGCCCCAGAAUCGAAGUGGUCAACCUUCACCCGAGCAAUUCAGGCAACACAUUCUCUCCAAUGCCGCCGUCAUGAAUAGUGUUCGUCAACAAGAUCCAGAAUUGGCGGCAGCCGCACAAGAUUCUACACGCUUCCAGAACUUGUUUGCCGCGCGUCAGAGACGGCUGGAGGAGGAUAGGCGGCAAGCUGAGCGGGAGAUGGCACGGCUUGAUAACGAUUUCUGGAAUCCGGACUCGCAGGCUGAGAUUGAGAAGCGUAUCAAGCAGCAACAGAUUGCCAAAAAUAUCGAGCUGGCUAUGGAGGAGAACCCAGAGUCGUUCGCCCGAGUGUCCAUGCUCUACAUUGAUGUCGUGGUCAACAACGUCCCAAUCAAGGCGUUCGUAGACUCCGGUGCCCAGACAACCAUCAUGAGCCCCGACGCGGCCCGCAGAUGCAACAUCACCCACUUGAUCGACGAGCGUUACGGAGGCAUUGCGAGAGGCGUGGGCACAGCCAAAAUACUGGGUAGAGUUCAUCACGCCACCAUGCAGCUGGGAGUGUAUCAGGCUGCCAGUAGCUUCACUGUCAUGGAGGGUAAGGACGUGGAUUUACUGCUAGGUUUGGACAUGCUCAAAAGACACCAAAUGUGCAUCGACCUCCGGGAGAAUUGCCUACGCGUUCAGGAUGCUAAGAUAGAAUUUUUGCCUGAGCACCAGAUCCCCAACAUGAUGGACGAAGCACUCGACAAUGAGCCAAAGGUUGAAGGUCCUGGGGGUACCACUAUUGGUGCCGAGACAGGGACUGUUGCGCCACCCCCAAAGCCUCAAGAGAGUUCGCAGCCAGCUGCGGCUUCCGACUCAUCCUCCCAGCCUGCCCAAUCAUCAAACACGCCAGCACCAGCGCCACAGCAACCGCAACAGCCAUCUCAGCAGACUACUUCUGCCCAAGGUGGCAGCUUUGGUUUUGGUCAAACACAAGCAAUAACAGAGGAAUCGAUCGCAGCAGUAAUGCAAUUUGGCGUUGAUAGGGAAAUGGCGGUCAACCUGCUUCAGCAGGCUGGCGGGAACCCGGAUCUUGCUAUCAGUUUGAUGCUCUAG